UGAAACUGUGGGGCUUUUAAGAACUAAAACAAGACAAAAUCAAUAAAAAAGUUUCUAAAGCUGUUAAAACACACCUUCCUGGAAGGGUGACCUCCCCUGGUGCAAACUGCCGCUUACUCUACCAACCAACUGGAACCGCGGCUUUAACGCCAGCUCUCAUAACCAUGGUGAGACAUGAUCCUCCUUGGCAACCAGUCCUGGUUGUUCAGGUGAUGGCAAGACCAUCAAACUCUGCAAACUGUCCCUCCAGAGUGAAACACCUGAGAUCUACGUUCUAUCAGCUGAGAAUGAAGGAUAUAGUCAGUCUCGCUCUGUUGCUGGGAAGUGCUCGCCUUGGCCGACCCUGUCAAAAAGUGGAUUCAGUUUUGUUGUGCCAGGACGCUCUAACAAAUUUCAUCCAUGGCUGUACCACCAUGUUUGUGAGUUUAAGGAAUGUUGGAGAAAUCAACUCCACGGUUCUGCAGAGUGAAAACCUCUCCUCCAUCACCAGGUUCGAAAGCAAAAACUCAGGAAUCACAGGAAUCGCUGAAAAUGCCUUCAGCUCACUUUCAAAUCUGAAGGUUCUCAUCUUAGACGAUAACAGGUUGUCCAACAUUAACCAGAACUGGUUCAGAAACCCUGCUGCCAUCAGUGAGCUGGUGCUCUCUUUCAAUCGGAUGGAAGAUUUAAACGAGUCGAAUCUGAAGGGACUCACAAACCUCAAGAAGCUCAAGCUGAAUGGGAAUAGGAUCCAAACCAUCCAUCCCGAUAGCUUCAGCUCCCAGAGCAUGUUGACUGAUCUGGAUUUGUCUGAGAACAGGUUGAUGAGGCUCUCCCCGCACAUCUUCUCGUCUUUAAAGUCUUUAAUGUUCAUCAGACUUUACGGGAACCCCUGGAACUGCUCUUGUGAUGCCCAGGACUUUGUUGAAUCUCUCAAAGAAAUGAAUACAUCUCUACUGGUCAAUCUGAUGAGUGUGACAUGCGAGACUCCUCCACAUCUGAAAGGUCUACCAGUGAUAAACGUGUCUGCGUGUUCGACGCCUCCACCACCAGGAACGCCCUCUAGGAAUCGCACUACUCUAACCACCAAAACCCCAACAACCCGCCCAAUGCAACCAUCUGCAAAGACAAAAACGACUUUCCAGCCCAAACCCACCAACCCACCUGGAACAACCUCUGCUCACACGGGACAUUAUGUGACAUCAUCAUCCUCAGCCAUCUACCCCACAUCCACCAAGAGAUCUGUAACUACACCUACAGGAGGAGAUGGUCCAACUACAACCUCAAACACAAACGUCUGCACUCUAAUCGCAGUUAUUGCGGUCCUCUGCCUGCUGCUGCUGCUUGUUGUGUGUUUCGUGGCAGUGAUGCACAGAAGGAAUCGCAGCAACAAAGCUGUGAGGCCUGGAUGUCCAACAGAAGAAGUGAGGUAUGAAGGAGACAGGAUACCGGGUCAGGAUCAGUCAAGAUUGGGAUGCUCUGGACACAGAUGCCCAGUGGAGGCUUGGAGAAGAUCCUUCACUGGCAUCAGAGCAAAGUCAGCAAACGCGAUCAUCCUCUCAUCUCCUUUCUGUGUGUCUGAGAAAGACAAGGUUACUUCCCAAACUGAGAUAGAAGUUCCUUCAGAAAACUCUGCGAACGAGGACCUAGUAUCUGAAACUGGAGCAGAAAUGGGAGAAGGAUGUCAUCUGGAAACCUUCACAACCAUAGACUCGGUGGAAGAGUGUGUGAGACAAGAAGGUGACACUGGAAGCCUCUAUAAAAAUCAGGAAUGUGCUCACGUCAACACUGAUGUUAUACCUUACCUAAGUAUUGGCACCAAGCAGAACAAACCCAGUCCUGAUAAAGACUCUGCAGAAAAUGCAGCUUUGUGUUCACAGAAAGGUAAAUUCAUGAGGAGGAUCUCCACCUGGCCUCCUACUGCAUCUCAGUGGCAGGCAAGAUGCAAAAGAAAAGAGGAAGAGGGGGAGGAAGUUCAUGAGUUUGCUGUUUGGAGUGUAACCAUGGAGCUCUCAGAAGAUGUGAAGAUCAUGAUGGACCAUCUCAGCAGCUCUAAUCAGUGUGAAAUGGAGAAGGAAACAGACCUGAAUCUGAGACUUUCAGACAGCUUUAAACCACCUGGGUCUCCUGUCAGUGUUUUGGAGGAAGAAGGAAUGAUCCUGGAUCCAGGUUCUGUGAGACAGGCUCGUAUCCAGGUCAGCGCCAAUGAAGAGCUGAAGUCUGAGAAACAUCCUGCACCGAAGAACAGCAGCAAGGCAGAUGUGAGGAAGGACCAGAAGCGGUCUGUGACCAUCAGACAGAGGGCAGAAAACAGAGCCGCUCCUGGGUCAAAAGCGCCCUCUGGUGGCGCUUCUCCAGAUGAUGAAACUCUGCUUUCAGGAAAUGAAUACGCCUUCAUGGACCUGCUUCAUGAAGUGGUUCAGAACAACGGCCGCUGGACAAGAGAGAGGUGGAAACAGAUUCACCUUAACAAGCAGCGGCGAUGAAAACAAACUAGUUUGUGCUCUUUUUAAUCACUCUUUAAAUGAAGAUUUUUUCUGUUGCUGGGGCCAGGUUCUCAAGUGAAACUGAAAUAUUAUUCAUUAACUGAAAUAAAUCUGCUGAUUACGUUUCCAUUUUAAAAUCCUUUUCCGCUCAGUAAAACAAUCUUUCUGAUCCUUGCUCAUGUUGUUAGUUCUUUUUGUCAGAUGUUUUAUGGUAUAACAAAAUUUAAUAAAAUAUUUAAAAAAUGUAGGUUUUUAUCGAGUUUAUGCAAUGCAUCAAUAUUUACACGCCAAUCAUUAGUUUUCUUUUUUCUUUCUCAUACUUUAUAUCAGCUUCAGGGUUAAAUCCUGACUUGGGUGUGUGUGUCAUUACUUUACCAGUGCUUGGAUGUUGUCACAAUUUAUAGGUAUUGCUUUUUGAGAUAGAAUGGAGAUCUGGACAGUGUGUUGGCCAUGGACCCAAACUUUUGAUCUUCUUGGUCUGGCAACGUUGUUCUUGCAGGAUACAGUAUUAUAAUUCGUGUGUUGCUUUUUCAGUAUUUUUUUUAGCCUGCACAUUUUUUUUUUUUACCCUAAGUUCCCUGCUGCCAUUUCUAAGCAAGCUCUGCACUGGUGGAAACAUGAUCAUUCAGCUGAUUCUGUUUUAUGAGACAGUCCUGGACUGUGUUGUUCACAGUGAAGCUUUCGUCAGAGACUAGCCGUUUUGAUGCAUAUCGAUGAUGAUGUAACAUUCAGCACAGAAAAAUGAUAACUGACCGCCGGCUGAGGGAUGUUCCCACCAGGUGCGAGUCUAUGGUUCAUUCAAGUACAAACUUUUUCACGCCCAGCUGCUGAGUGGAGCUCACCCGGUCUCUCUGAUUAUAAUUUAUGCUGGCACUGAACAAUCGGUUCCUUAUAGCGUUUUUUUUCUUCAGGCAUUUAGGAAUCAGUGAGACCCAGGGCUCAACGGGCUGCGCCUACACCCAAAGGAUGCAGGAUGUAGUCUAUGUCUCACUGGGUCCGUCCGGACCACAAACAUCAAGCCUUCUGCUCUCAGAACAACUUCAAACUCGGCCUUCGGCAUGCGUAAGCGCUCAGAGGUGCCCUGCGCAACUGAACAGAAAGGAUAAAUAAAUUAAACACAUUUGCAUCUUCUCCUCUUAGACUUUGAUCUUGGCGGUGGUCCCCCGGGGUUCCCGGGCUUUGGAUGUCUGUGGUUCCGAUUAUCUCUCUGUCCGCCUCGGUUCCUGGGAGGCAGGUCUGUGGCUCCUCACGCCCGCUAUUGAAUAUUCUUAUGGAGACGCCUUAUAUACACAAGCGCGGUUGCCACAGGUGUUUACAGAUAUAUGGAUAUGCUCCAUAUUAAGCUGCGGUUGCUACUAAAUACAUGCGUUUGUUGUUUGUCUCUGUGGUUUUUUCUUCUUUCUCUCUUUCUGCAGGUGUAGAAGCAGUCUAUCCGUUCAAUCUAUUCUUAUCUCCUCCUCCCCCUUUUACCUUUUGCCCCACCUCUCUCCCUUUCUUUCUCCAUUUUUUUCCCUUUCGUUUCCGUCCUCGUGUUCAUUGCAUUUGAAAUAACCCCAAAGCAGUUCAUAAUGAAAUUUUUUCAGACAAUUCUGGGUGCUACUCUGCCGGACAGGACGCGUUAAAAAAUCCUUCACAACAAUCAUCAUUUUGGUUGUGGUUGCACUUUAGUUUCUCAAAUGCUGGAAACAAAAGUGAAAAAUCUUAUUGGCAGAAAAUGUCAACCUUUAUUCACCAUGGAAUAUGGAAAACAAAAACUGUACAUUUCUGUAUUUAAUGAACUUUCAAACUGAGGUAUGUUUCAUACCACCCCUUUUCGGCAGGUACUUCCCUGGCAAACUUUUCAAAUAUACGGUGAAGUCAGCCUCAUUUUGUCAUAAUUCUGCUGAGUGAAAGAAAAGUUUAGCAGUUAAACAUUGAUCUUUAAAAGUACAACAUGAAAUAAUUCCUUUAAUUGAAGAAAAUGAAUCCUUUAAGUAAAAAGACCCUCAACAUUCACUGUUGUCAGCGUGUUACUCCAGCUUGUGGCAGACAAGAAAGCCCUGCAGAAGGUCUGAGGGGAGCUGAGAAGGUUUGGGCUCUCAGCAUUAUCAGUCUCCUCACACUCUUUCCAUUAAAUGGCUGCCAUCAAGCAGAGUUAACAUUAAAAAUAGAACCACCAGACUGCAACAUAGCUUUCUGUUAAUACGCUUAAGAUUAUAUACUGUGCAUUAGUUGACUUAUUUUGAUUUAGUUUUUACACUAAUCUCUUAAAGACCAUAGAGAAACUCAUUUUGCCAUAUGCUAUUGACAUCAGUAGACUGAUUUAAUUUGAAAUAAAUGGAAGUGAUGCAUCCAAACUGCUUGUGAAUAUAUUUACGCGGUUUCAGAUCAAAUAAAACCAUGUUCCAGUCAGUGUAUUUGGCUGCAUGCAGUGUUUAUUUGUCCGUAUCUGUAUGUGCACUUCUCAUAAGAAAUUGUACAAAAUGGAUCAUCCUUUUUUUUUUUUUUUUUUUUUGACAAUGAUUCAAAAACAAAGUGGAGGUAAACAUAAUACGUUGGCUUCUGAUAACAUCUAGACAACAUGCACAUUCCAUUCAUAUGAAUAGAGUCUCAAAUAAUGGCUCCAACUUGCAAGCAGUUGAUUCUGUUAUGGGUUUUUAAUCUAGCAACAGGAGACUGCGCUAAAUGCCCUGCUAAGUGUAGGAAAUAUUUUGUUCUUGGCAAGCUUUUUAUAUCAAAACAUGCUUUUAAGAGAUAACAUGCCCCAUGUGUUGGUUAAGUCCUGACAUCAGAAGACAUCCAGUGAAGUCCUGCAGGACUGUUAGGGUUUGUAGUAAGGAUUCUGGAAGGUGUUACGAGUAGAUUGGCAGACUGGUUGCAUCCUCCAUUGCAGUUGCUCACUCUUUCACUGCACCGCUCUUCUAGCCUGUAAACUGUCACUUCUUACUCUGUGAAACAAGAUUUCUGGACCACGAAAUAAAUCAAAGCAAUCCCUCCUUUCUCACUUUAGGAUCAUUUGAGAUGAGAAAUAAGACCACAACAUUCAAAAUGUAAAAUGUGCAAACAUCUGCAGGGUAAGUCAUGCUGACGGAUGCAUUGUGGGUCUUUGCACUGCAGAUAAAUAUUUUCCAUGUUUUACAGAUUCAAAUUAAAGGGUCAUGCUGUUAUGCUCCACACAUUGCUACAGAGCUUAGUGCAAAAAUAGUUUAAGUCCUUUUUACUUUUCAUGGUAACAAAACCACGUAUAUAGUUCAUAUUUACAGUGAGUAAACCCAAGACACAGAUAAAAAGGAUAAUGGAUCAGGAAUAAAUACUGAAACUGUGGUGUGCACAAAGUGAGGCUUUAACAAUUUAAACCACAGCACCUAGUUUUCGAAAUAAAUUAUACUUGAUUAUGUUUGUGAAUACCUGUGCAAAAUAUACUGCUGUGCAGAACUUUAAAAUGUGCUAGCCAUUUGCAAUCAAACAGAUGUUAUAGCUAACAUAUUUUGGUCAAAUCAGGUUUUAAGUAAAAAAAAAAAAAAACAGGCUAACAAAAAAAAUGUUUAAAACCUAUGAUACAUCACAGAUACAUUUGUAAUGAUCGUUUUGCAUGAAUUACAGUGAUGGGGAAAGCACUAGCCCCCUUUCAGAUUUGCUUUAUUUUAGCUUUUUGUCACACUUUAAUGUUCAAAUAAAUUUUUAUAUCAGAAAAAGAUAACCUAAGUGAUUACUACAUGAAGUUUUUAAAUGCUUAAAGCCAACCUGGCCCUAUGAAAAAACUUUAACAUUUGUUUAAUUUCACUAACCUGGUUCCUGCUUGACUUGUAGAACUUUAAAUAGUACCUGUCCGACAACAGGAAGUAGGCUAAAAGAUCUUAAAAAGCGACACAGAAUGCCCCCAUCUAACAAAAUUCCAGCUAAUCACUGUGAGAGCCAUUAUCCGCAAAUGAACGAAACAUGAAGCAGAACCUCAAUAAUUUGUAAACAAACCAGAACAACAUCUAAAGCACUGCAGUACUUGCCUCAGCUAAGGUCGGUGUUCAUGAUUCAGUAGUAAGAAAGAACCUGAACAAAUCGUCAUCCAUGAGAAAGUUCUAAUGGAAAAACCACUGCCGACCAAAAAAACCCACAAAUUCCUGCCUCAAAUUUGCCAAAAACAUC